GUUUCGUCUUUAGAUUUUAUUGCGGUAUAAAAGAAGCCAUUGAUCUUUAAAGCUCCUGCGCUGUCAAAGGAAUCUCCCAGAAUUUUCCUCAGCUUCGUGCUGCUCUCAUCUGCAGGAAGGAUCUCAGCCUCGAUUUCAUCUGGAUCUUUCUUAUAUGUUGACCCAGCUCUACGCUUUCGUCCUCGCCUAUUUGCCUUCUUUUUUGUGGUAACACUUUCCCAAGCAUCGACAAAAGGCGUGCUUAGUUUUGCUGUAAAAAUUGCAGACGACACUCCCCCAUAAACCACUCCGCCGCCACCUUUCAUUGCAUUCGGACCACAACAGGAGACUCCUUUUGUUAUGCAAGUGCAGACGCUGGAGAGAUGUAUGGCAAGAUAGCAAGACUGAGACCCCAGAUGGGAUAAGAGAUGUUCCCUGAAGAAAGCUUCUUGACAGAAUUGCAUGCUGCAUUCCGGACAGCGUUUCUUCCUGCACCCUUCAUGGGUUUCGAAGUGUGAUUCUAAUGAUACGACACUGUCGAAAUUACUUUCACCGCAGUGAGGGCAGACAACUUCUACAUCUAAAUCGUAAAAAUCGAAAACGUUUUGGUCCUAUUCAAAAAGCGAAAAAUAACCUUUCACUAUUGAUGUUAAGGUGAGUACUCGUAAGCGCACUUUUUGGGAAAGUUCCACUUCGGAAUAGAUAACUACUGGAACAACUUUUUCGAGAUUAUGGAGUGUAUGAAAUUUGACUAUUUCAUCCCAGUGUGCGAUCGAAGAUUCUCCAAUAUAAGUAGAAGAAAUGAGAAUUUGCGACCCACAGUCAGCACAAGCCAACAACAUAAUGGCAUACUUCAUUUUGAGCUCCACAUCGCCUGAAGGACUUAUUCGCUGCACCAGCGCAGUAGCGAAGUCUGCACACCCAUCAUGUGUUUUGAGGGCCUCCAAGGAUAGGAAAACUAUUCCACAAAAAUGGCAGGCGUAG